AUGUGGUCAGAAUCGGACCUGGCGGAGUCAAGCUGCCCGACUAUCGACCAAAGAAGCACCAACGAUCAAGUAGAGCCACUUUACAAACUCAAUCCCAAGCUAUUCAUUACGCCUGUUUACAUUUGGGGUCCGUCGAGCCAGCUUCAAGGACUAAGGGAGUCAAUCGGAGUUGCCAUUCGAUUGAACAGAACUCUUCUGCUCCCGCCGUUUCUGACGCACAAUUCGGACCCGAUUGGAGGAGACAAACCUGUACCUGUUGAUGUCAGACUUGAUAUUCCAGAACUGAGAAAGCUGAUUUCGAUUGGAUUCACCGAGUCUCUGACCUGUCGCCAAGCUGACGUCGUGUUUUCUGCGCGCGGAAUUUACCAAAAGCCAGAUGACUCGUUUCCAAUGCAGGAGCGAGUAAAACGGAUUUCCGCCUUUGAAAAAGCGACCCAGAUGGAAGUGCUGAGACGAGACGAAGCCCAAAGCAGCGACUUUCUUGAAAAACCGUUUUUGGCCGACUCGAUGCCAAGUCCAAAAAGCCCGAAGCUCAGUGGAGCGGGAAUGCAGUUCAGUUAUCGCUCAGACACUUUGCAGAGUGAAUACAACUCGACUGAUACCUGUGCCACCUGGUUGUUUCCAUUCAACAACUACAAAUAUCCCGUUGUUUGGUCAGCAAAAGAUACCCCUCUCACCAGCGGCGAGCAGUUCUUCUAUCAGAUCGUCCAACACACCCGAAAGCCAGAGUACAUUCGACAAAUGACCACUCGGUUCAUGGAGGAACAACUCAAUGGACCAUACGUUGCGAUGCAUUACAGAUACGACGCGAUUGAGUGGUCAAAUGUCUGUGCUCGGCCGCAGAAAGGACGAAAAGGAGAAGUCUGCGAAAUUUUAGAAAAAACUGGCUCAAAGGGUCUUGCCCUUGCGCUAUCUCGUUUUAUCUUGCAAACUGGCGCCUUUAUCUCAGGCCUCCCACCGAGAUCCUCCGUUAUCUAUGUCUCGUCGCCCCCGUCUGAAGCGCGAAAUAUUCGUGAAGUCAUGAAUCUUGCUGAAAAGAUCUUGGAGGGAGAAGGCUGGAACAUCAAAAUCGUCAGUACACUAGACACGACUAAAUAUCUCGAAGAAAACUACGGCAACUGUGGUGUUCUGGGAGAUUUCAAGUCCGAAGUGAUAAGUCUAGUUGAGCAGGAAAUCGCCUACCGAGGGGAUUAUCUGCUUUUUUCGGAGCUUUCAGGCUGGUCGGCUAAUGUACGAAAGGAGCGAAUCCUGGAUGACAAGUAUUUCAACGAAAUGUCCGUGAUCAAGCUAGUAGAGGACUUUGGCCCAGCCAGUCCCAACUACAGUCACGCCGCACUGUACUCAAAGGUGGAAGAGGAGAAAAAGCGGCUAGCGAUGGAGCAGAUUCAACUAGCGCAGAAGACGCCGGCGGAUUUCGGAAUUCGACAAAUUCAGAAUUCCUAA